CAAACCAAUCCUAAAAUGAUGAAUUCUUUUAGCUUAGUGGUCACUAUCUCAAGCUUUCUCUUAGCUCUGAUCAAGAUCUUCCACAAGCUAUGGUGGACUCCGAUUCGUAUUCAGAAGCUGAUGGCUUCCCAGGGAAUCAAAGGCCCUUCUUGCAAACUCAUCUAUGGAAACACCAAAGAAAUUUCAAAGAUGAAGAUGGUUAAUAUGAGCAGGCCAAUGAAGUUAACACAUGACAUUUUACCUGCUGUUCAACCUCAUAUUCACUCAUGGACCAAGCUAUAUGGACAGAUUUUUCUCCAAUGGUAUGGUACUCGACCUCAGUUAAUUGUUUUGAAACCUGAACUGUGCAAAGAGAUACUCAUGAACAAAGAUAGAGCUUAUUCAAAACAGAAGUUUCAAGGCUAUGUCAGGAUGCUACUAGGGGAUGGCCUUGGUUCUAGCGAAGGUGAAAAAUGGGCAAAAUCCCGAAAAGUGGCCAACCAUGCCUUUCAUGGAGAGAGCUUGAAAUUGAUGGUUCCUGAGAUGAUAGCCAGUGCAGAGACAAUGCUAAAAGGGUGGAAAAGUCAUGAAGGAAAAGAAAUCGAGGUGUUCGAAUUGUUUAGAUUGUUCACUUCAGAAGUGAUUUCUAGAACAGCCUUUGGUAGCAGCUACUUAGAAGGAGAGAAAAUUUUUGAGAACAUUAUGAAGCUAUCAGUUUUCUUGGUCAAGAAUUCCUUCACAGUCAGGUUUCCUGGCUUAAGCAAGUUUGUGAAAACAACCGAUGAGAUUCAGGCAGAGAAAAUUGAGAGAGGAAUACGUGACUCCAUAAUAGAGAUUAUAAAGAAAAGAGACAAGAAAGCACAAAUGAGUACAGAAGAAGAGAGAUAUGGAAAUGAUUUUCUUGGACUACUUUUAAGGGCUCAUCAUGAUACCAAUGAGAAAAAGAGGAUUUCACUGGAUGACUUAGUUGAUGAGUGUAAGACAUUUUACUUUGCAGGACAAGAAACCACUAAUAGUAUGCUUGCUUGGACUGUCUUUCUUCUAGCACAUUAUACAGAUUGGCAAGAGAAAGCAAGAGAGGAGGUCCUGCAAAUAUUUGGUAGACAAACCCUGGAUCCGGAUGGCCUUACCAAGUUGAAAACAAUGAAUAUGAUCAUGAAUGAGUCACUAAGAUUAUAUCCUCCUGUUUUGUCCAUCGAGAGGAAGGUUAAUUGGGAUGUUAAACUAGGAAAUUUCACUAUUCCUGCUAAUGUUGAAGUGCAAAUUCCAACUCUAGCACUGCAUCAUGAGCCUCUAUUCUGGGGUCAAGAUGUGCAACUUUUCAAGCCGGAACGAUUCUCCAAGGGGGUUGCUAAGGCCACAAACAACAACGUAGGUGCCUUCUUACCCUUUGGAAUGGGGUCUAGAAUUUGUGCAGGUUUCAACUUUGCAGCCAUUGAAGCAAAGAUUGCUCUGUCGAUGAUUCUACAGCGCCACAGCUUCACCCUUUCCCCAGGUUAUGUGCACUCUCCCCAUCAAUAUCACACUAUUAGACCACAACAUGGAGUUCAGAUCUUGCUCCACCCACUGUGAACUGUGAAGAAGAGCCAGCUGACUGCAGAUAUAGCUACAUAAAUAUGCCUAUGAAUAACUGCAGCCUCUCCUUAUGUGUUAGAAUUUGGUUCCUUGUGGUUUAAAUUUUGUUCAUUGCUGAUUUGCUUCUGCAUAAAUCAUUGAGAAUAUAUUUACAC